AUGUCCUUCCAUCCGACCCUCGCCGCCCUCUCCAAAAAAUCAUCUACACAAUGGAUAGCUCGACAGCGUCGUGACCACUACGUCAAACAACGAGCAUCCUCGGCGUACAAGUCCCGUUCUGCAUUCAAACUCCUCGAACUCGACAGCCAGCUUAGUUUCCUCGACCACGAUGAUGUGAACGUCGUCGUCGACCUAGGUGCGGCACCUGGAGGGUGGAGCCAAGUCGUAUCACAGCGUUUGGGGUACGGAUCCGAGGAGGACAGCGAGCCAUUACCGUCCACCCUUCCCCGGGUACGCUCCAAACGAAGACCUGCCGAGUCGUCGCGUCCUGGUAGCGACUACGACCCCCUCAAUAUCGACAGAAUGGAAGAGGAGAUUGCUCGUAGUGAAAGCAAAGGUCGUGGGACCGUCGUUGCUGUUGACCUCCUUCCAAUGAACCCGAUCCCUGGUGUUCGGUCUCUCCAGAAAGAUUUUCUCGAUCCUAAAACAGACGCGGCGAUUACGGACCUGUUGCAUUCAUCCAUACCUGGGCUCAGACAACGGAAGAUGGGUAAAGCAUUGGUGGACGUUGUGCUCUCCGAUAUGGCCCCGAAUAUCUCUGGGAAUGCUUUGCAUGAUUCGGAGGAAUCGUAUCGACUUUGUCUGGCGGUGCAAGCGUUUGCGGCGCGUCAUUUGCGGACUGAGGAGCAGAUUGGUAGACGGUACGGAGGCGUGUUGGUGCUGAAGCAUUUUUCUUUCGAUGCUAUGAAUGCGUUCCGGAAAGAGAAAUUGGAACCCCAUUUCAGCAAUGUACAAUAUAUCAAGCCCCCGGCGAGUAGGUCAGAGUCGUCUGAAAGCUACUUUGUCUGUCGCGGUUGGAACCCAGUCAGGGAAGUUCCUAUGUACGGGAUACUUCCUGAGAGACAUUAG